AAUGAAACUUCUUCCAGAUCCAGCCCAGCCUUUGCAAACUCGGCUUGACUGGAUCUGGAAGAAAGGCAAAAGUUUUAAGCCGCCCGAGGAUCCAGCCACUGGGAAUUUCUGGACCGAGGCAGGGGGAAAUUGCUGGUUUUGUUCAAAAGCUCGCUGGGCCCCAAAGCAAUUCUUUGCACGGCCCGACUGACUUUUGGAGGACCUUCGGCGUCUUUUUGCAACCAGAGGCUGUUCAGGUGUAUGGUCCCCACACACCUGGGGGGACCCCAGCUUGGGAAAGAUGGCUCCGGGGAGACAUUGAAACUGCCACAGCCGUUGGCACAUCUUUCAUGUCCCUUCCUGCACUUAAAAAUUGCAGAAUUCGAAGACAUCCUGAACGAGCCCAACAUUGUGCUGCAGAAGCUGCGUGAAUUUUGCUUUAACGGAAUUCCCUUUGAAGGUGGCUUGCGUUGCCUCUGCUGGAAGAUCCUCUUGAACUACCUUCCCCUGGAAAGAUCUGCUUGGAAUUCCCAACUGAAAAAGCAAAGAGAAUUAUACGCCCAGUUCUUGAAGGAAAUGAUUAUUCAACCAGGAAUAGCUAAAGCCGAACUUGGAGUCUUCAGAGAGGACGUUACCUUGGAGGAUCACCCUCUGAAUCCAAACCCCAACAGCCAGUGGAACACUUACUUCAAGGACAACGAAGUACUGUUGCAGAUCGACAAGGAUGUCCGGAGACUGUAUCCUGAUAUGGCCUUCUUCCAGCGUCCAACGGAGUAUCCUUGCCUGUUGAUCCUCGACCCCCAGAACGAAUUUGAGACCCUUCGCAAGCGAGUGGAACAGACAACCCUCAAAUCACAGACCGUGGCACGAAACCGGAGCGGGGUCACCAAUGUGAGCUCACCUCUUAAAACAUCGGUGGUGAGUGAAUAUGAAGUUCUGCCUGAUGGCUCAGAAGCCCACUGGGAAGUUGUAGAACGAAUCCUCUUCAUUUAUGCAAAGCUGAACCCCGGAAUUGCCUACGUCCAAGGGAUGAACGAAAUCGUUGGCCCUCUUUAUUACACGUUUGCUACAGACCCCAACAGCGAAUGGAAAGAGCACGCCGAAGCAGACACCUUCUUCUGUUUCACUAACCUCAUGUCCGAGAUCCGGGACAACUUCAUCAAAAGUCUGGAUGACUCUCAGUGCGGCAUCACCUACAAAAUGGAGAAGGUCUACAUCACUUUGAAAGAGAAAGACACGGAGCUUUACAUGAAGCUGCAAGAGCAGAACAUCAAACCGCAGUUCUUUGCCUUCCGCUGGCUAACGCUCCUGCUCUCUCAAGAGUUCCUGCUGCCCGACGUCAUUCGCAUCUGGGACUCCCUCUUCGCCGACAACAGUCGCUUCGACUUCCUCCUGCUGGUCUGCUGCGCCAUGCUGACGCUUAUUCGAGAUCAGCUGCUAGAAGGGGAUUUUACUCUAAAUAUGCGUCUUCUGCAGGACUACCCCAUCUCUGACGUUCACCUGAUUCUGAAGACAGCAAAGGACCUUCAAGAUUCUAAAUAACUCACCAAGCCGAAGGAUCUGUAGAUGUGAUCUGCUUGUCUCCUCUGUGGAAGACCUCUGAGUAAGUCCUGAGGAAAUCACGCUUAGUUUUGUCAGGCCCCAGUUGUUCCUUCCCUCUGUCCCCUCAACUGGAAAAAUGACUCCUCCUCGUAAUAUUUUUUUUGAAAGUGACUCUACACAGGGAGAUGAACUAUAAGUCACAUCUUUCUGAAAGGGGCACAACGGUCCAGAAGCAGGUUUGUCUGCCCCAAAUCCAGGUAGGACCGACCUGGAAUUUGACUCCAUGGGAGAGGACCAACCCAGUUUGGAACUUCUUCUGCAAGAGGCUGCCAAAACCAGCUUCUGCAUGUUAGUCUUUGGGAUAAGUUGUUCUUCCCAGUUGCGUGGCAUUUACCAAUCAAUUUAUCAAUUUAGAUAUCAAGACAUUUAGUCAGAUGGCUUCUUGGUUGGAUUCCUUCCUUCUAUUUUUGGAGGCUGGCUUUUCUUGGAAGCUCAGCCAACGUGGGCAGAAGAAAGCUUUUUGGAACGGUGCUGGAAAUGUCUUCUUACCCGUUGCCUUAGGGCGGACGUAUUCCCCGCAUUGCAGCUGAGACAUGGAGUACUCCAGAUGUGGACGUUCCAACGCAAAACGACGUUUUUGCUCCUCGGAUUAGGCUUUCUGUUGUGACCCUGUUGUAUUUUUUUUUUAUGUUGUGAGAUCUUUCAGGCCAUACUGCAGCAAACUAGAUGUAUUCUGUCCCCUGUGGCCAACAGGGCAGGGGCUGACCAAGGGGCGUGCGGUGAAAAUAUGGUGGAAGGGCCAAAUUGUGUAUGGGAUGUUGAUCCAUGAAGAUAUGGGGGGAAGGUACAAAAAGAGAGCCAGUUCUUCCCCAGGGGAGGUGGGCAGGGUCCUGCACAAAACUGAGCAGCUACGAGCUGUCUAAAAUGGUUGGCCCUGAAUGUCCAUUUGGCUCCUAGUAGAUGUCCGUCUGUCCUUUAACCAAAGCAAGGGAAGGCUUCCAGAUGCCCACAGGCAAUAUUACAGCUUCUGUUCCUCUUCCCCACUGAAAGUGAAGCUCAGGAGGUGAAACCAAGGUGGUUUAGAAUAGCUUGAGGUGGUUCAUGGAGUUUUAGAAAACUUCAGAUGAAUUAGCCGCCAGCUGUUGGCAAGAGAAACAACUGGAUCAAUGAAAUGGCAGCAGAAUUGACUUCUGGAUUGAUGCGACCUUGGUCCUUUCUCGGAGCACUUUGACAUUAAACUAUGGCCUUUCUCUUUUUUUCUCUCUCUCGACAUAUAUUGUUAUCACAAGCCGUAGCACUAAACCUGAGCUUGCUAUUCCAGCGCUGCGGUUUCUCAGUUGUCCCAAGAGUUGGAAGAAUAUUGAGGAAAUCAGUGGGGACCCAAUGUGAAUCUCUACUGGUUUACUAGCGUGAGGUCCUUAGUAGCUUACAUUGGGGUCCUCAUGCAAGCCUCAGGGCAAGUUCAGACAGCCUGGGCCCUAUUGAUCCUUUGGGUUACAAUUCCCAUGCCCAUAAUUACUAAGGCUGGGGUUUAUUGGAGCUGUGGUCCACUCCUAUAGCAAGCUUGAAGCAUCACUCCAUGUAUUGUUUCUACUAGGAGUUGGGAAUGUUGGGUUCACAGACUUAAUCUAGUCAGGAGAAAUUCUCCAUUUGGCCACAAGUAGUUGAGGAUGAUGCAUCCUCACCACCACUACCACCCUAUCUCUAGGGAAAAGAAAGAGCUGGUAUCUCCCAUCAACACCUGACUGGAGAUAAGGACAUCUCCCUACCCCCAAAAUAAAUAGCUUUCAUUGUAGUUUUCCGGGAGCAGGAAGGUUUCUCUUGAAGGACCAUCCUGAUGGUUGAACCUCCAUCACCUGUAUUCUUGUUCAGUGGUACAUCCUGAACCAAUUCCAGAUGGGUUAUCUCGGUGAGCAUUGAGCUCAGAAUGGACCUCUGGGCUUUGAACUCUGCUAAAGUUCUAACGCAGAUGUGACUGCUGUGUUAUUGGGGGUGGGGUGUUCAGUAAAACCAUGUCCUAAGCCUACUUAGAUCUUCAAGGUUCUUUCUCUGCCUAUAGUUGGCUGUAGGUCCAAGCUCACCAUGCUGCUUCCACAGAAACAACAGUGGCCACCUCACCAUUGUUUUGACUAAAUUUGGAUGGGCUGGUCGUAAGGAUUCCCUCAUUGUGUACAGAUUAACACAUUUAUACCAACCCCAGCAAAGGUGUGGCUUGAGACUCCCAAACAUUGUAACCAACAAGCCCAAAUGGAAACACCCUUCUUUUGGGUGGACAAGAAUCAAGACGCGGGUGUAAAAAAAUGCCGUUUUUUGAGAAUGGGAAGUAGAAGAUAAGUUUUCAUGUGAUUGUCCUCCGUCAGCCUCCUUAUGAAAAUCAAAAAAGGAAGAUUUCUGUUACAUCUUGUUCAUGGAGAAAUAAAUUAUCCCCAAACCAA